UCAGAAGGAUUCAAGUCAGAUCAGAAAGAUUCAGAUCAGAUCAGAAAGAUUCAGACCAGAUCAGAUCAGAAAGAUUCAGACUAUAUCAUAUUAGAAAGAUUCAAAUCAGAUCAGAACAGAUCAAAAAGUUUCAGAUCAGAUCAGAUAAGAAAAGGAAUAAUGACACAAAUAUUACUAAUGACUUUAUGAAAUACAAAAAAGUGACUACUUUUCUUUUUUCCCAAAAAUAUGACUUAGUCAGCUGUCCAGACGGUCCAGACCAGACCCACCGUUUUCCAUCCCAGCCCAUUCUUUUCAUCUCUGAAGCCAAGUCGACGCUAUCAACCAAGGAGCUCCCAAGGCAUCUCCCCAGACCGUCGCAGGAGCAGAGGAGACCACCCCCAAACUCGUCGCUGUCGCCUCCGCGAACAGGGUAGACAUAUCGCCUCCGCCUCCCUCGCCCCUGUCUACUCCCUACGUCUCGCCUCCGAUGGCUGCUAAGGUCGCGGCAGUGGCAAUUCCGCCGCCACGUCUGGUCCCCGACCUCGUCAUCAACAAUCCUUGAUUUUCUUCUCCUUUCUUCUAUCCGUAAAAAUCCGCUACUAGCUAGAUUUGGAACUCCUGGAUCAUUCUCUUUGCACCGGCGUCUGGGAUUUCAAAUUGGGGGUCGAGGGCGGUGCAAGAAUGACUGGGAAAGCUGGGGAAGAGGUGGGGCGGGUUUGUUCAGGAAUUGGACUAAUAAGAACGGUGACAGGGUGGGGGUAGGUGUUGAUGGGUGUUGACGUUGGGGGCAACGACUUAGCCGUCGUUGCUGGCAGGCUUGGCCCCAAAAUGUAGUGAUUCAAUUUAGAACUCCAAAAGUUUUACUCAUUAGUAUUUUCUUACGAAGUAUAAUAAUGAUGUUGUGCAUUUGUGAAUAUGGCAGCUUGUGGCGUCGGUGGGGCAAGAGGCUGCUCUCAC